AUGAAAGUCACAUUCCUUAUUGGAGCGCUCAUCGCCGCUGCUGGAGCAGUCAAAGUUCCCUGCACUGGCACUACCUCGUUGAGAGAAGAGGCAGACAUGAAGAACCUUCUUUUUGGUUCAGGCGCCAUUAAUCCAGCGUACCUCGAUGAUACCCAGUUCAGAGCCGUCCUUUCACAGCAGUUCAACAGUCUCUCCCCCGAGAAUGAGCUAGAGUGGAACUUCUUCCACACCGCCAAAGACACCUAUGACUGGCAUAAACUCGACCGUCUUGUCCAAUUUGCCGAGGCCAACGACAUGGUAGUCAAGGGCCAUGGACUACUCUCGUCAUGUUGCAAUCCAGAUUAUGUCCUCAACAUCACUAGCCCUGACGCCCUCCGUGCUGAGAUUACUAAGCACUUUGAAGCUGUCAUGCAUCGAUACCGGGGCAAGAUGGACAGAUGGGAUGUCGUAUCCGAAGCCCUCAAGACAAACGGCAGUGGCUUGGCUUCAAACCACUUUUACGACACCCUCGGUCCCGAUUGGGUUGAGGAGGCCUUUCGCAUUGCCCGUGCCGCUGAUCCUAACGCCAAGCUAUUCCUCAAUGAGAAUCUCGUCGAGUCGAUGCCAAACAAGCGUCAAGAACUCUAUGACAUGGUCGCCAAGCUUGUCUCUAGAGGCGUUCCUAUUGAUGGAAUUGCCCUACAGACCCAUGUGACCCUCGAGCCCUUGGUACCUGGUGUUAUUCGGGAUAUGGUGAACUCUUACAAGACACUCGGUCUUGAGGUUUCCAUCGCCGAACUGGAUGUCCAUACAUACAACGCAACUCUGCAAGCUGAGAUCUAUGGCGACGUUAUCAAGGAAGCUCUCGACGCAGGUAUCACCGAUAUCAGUUUCUGGGGGUUCACGGAUAAGCACCUCUACACUUGGCUCCCGGGGUCUAAGCCGUUGAUGUUUAACGAAACUUAUUAUCCCAAGGAAGCUUUCUACUCGACUCAUGAAGCUCUCGCCAACUUUGUCAAGCAAUCCUGA